GUUCGGGGCUCACAUGCCCGCCGAAUGCGUCCAGCUGUGUGGUUCGGCAGGUCAACUACAGCGCCUUCUGCCAGGACUGCCACGACUUCUGUGCCACGUGCACAAGUGAUCAAUCCCCACCCCCAUCACCAAUUGUGGCCUCCCUUCCACCAUCCCCAUCGCCCAAUCAACCCAUCUACCCCUCCCCCUCCUCCUCGCCCGCCUCACCCUCCUCCACCUCACUCACUUCCUCCCAAUCUGGCCUAUCCGUGGGAGCUGUCAUCGGCAUUGUCACAGCUGCCCUUCUGCUAUUGCUUCUGCUGCUUGCCUCAGCUUGGUGGCUAGCUGCGCACUUCAAGAUUUCCACAAAAG